CUGUCUCUCUCUUCUGCUUGAUACCCUCUUCUCUUUUAUCUAUUGAAGUCUCCAAGCCUGCCAGUCCUACUUUACAACACAAAGAAAACAUGGAUCUUGAAAACGGGACUGUUCGAUAUGAGGAGGAAUAUAUCAUAAACUCUCGAGGACUAAAGCUUUUCACAUGCAAAUGGAUUCCAAUGAACGAAGAACCGAAGGGUUUAAUCUUCAUCUGCCAUGGUUACGCCAUGGAAUGCAGCAUCUCCAUGAACAGUACCGCAAUUAGGUUGGUGAAAGCAGGAUUUGCAGUUUAUGGAAUAGAUUAUGAAGGACAUGGAAAGUCAUCGGGCCUGCAGGGCUAUGUCACCAGCUUUGACAAUGUUGUAGAUGAUUGCUCCAAUUUUUUCACACAAAUAUGUGAGAAAAAAGAGAACAAAAAGAAGAUGAGAUUUUUGUUAGGGGAAUCCAUGGGGGGAGCAGUGCUGCUGCUGGUGCAUAUGAAGAAGCCAGAAUAUUGGGAUGGGGCAGUCUUGGUGGCACCCAUGUGUAAGAUUGCAGAUGAAAUGAAGCCACAUCCACUGGUCAUAAGUGUUUUGACAAAGCUUUGCAAUUUUAUUCCAACCUGGAAAAUAAUUCCAAGUAAAGAUGUCAUUGAUGCUGCUUUUAGAAGGCCUGAGAUAAGAGAACAGAUUAGAGCAAACCCAUAUUGCUACAAAGGACGUCCUCGUUUGAAAACAGGCAAUGAACUUCUAAAGACCAGCAUGGAGCUUGAACAAAGACUUAAUGAGGUUUCAUUACCAUUUAUAGUUCUCCAUGGAGGAGAUGACAAGGUAACAGAUAAAGCUGUUAGUCAGCAGCUGUAUGAUGUAGCAGCCAGCUCAGACAAGACUUUCAAGCUGUACCCAGGGAUGUGGCAUGGCCUGCUUUAUGGGGAGACACCAGAAAACAUUGAGAUUGUGUUUGCAGAUAUCAUCAACUGGUUGGAUCAGAGAACUGAGUCAGGAAACUCAAGGCUGGAGAGGGAAUUGAAGCAUCAAAAUGAUGAGUUGUCGAUGUCAGAAAACAAGGAACAGAUCAGUAGUUAGGCGCUGAAAAGCAUUUGUUGCUCAAAACCUGUUUAGCUGAUGUAAAAUUGUACAGGGAAGUAAUAACUUUUGUGUCGUAUUUAUAGAUUCAAUUAGCGGAGAAAAUGUUAGAUGUGUGCCUGAUAAGUGUGGCAUCUUCCUUGCUAGGUACCAAAUCAAGCUACACAAAGUGAAAAUUUGUCUUACAAAAAUCUUUGCAAUUAAAUUCAAGUUUCUCUUAUU